GAAUCACGGAAAGAUGAACCAAUCAGAAGUAAGAGGAGAAGGACGAGCCAAUCAGUAACGAUAACGAGUAAGACGAGCCAAUCAAAAAUAUAAAUGAGAAUGACUGACCAAUCAGAAGUGAGAGUGGGUACGACGAGCCAAUCAGAAACGAAAGAGAAAGAGAGAAUGAGUAACAGAGAAAGAUAACAAAAGUAGAAAAAGAACAACAAAAUGUCUGUAUCAGCAGUCGAUAAGAGUUUAGCACGCAACACGUUUAACGUAUACGUCUAUAAGUUUUCUCUCUCUUUCUGUAAACGCGCAAGUAAAACAGACAGGUGCCGAGGUGGUCCCGACUAUUAAGCAUUGUACGAGUGUAGUGUGCUAGUCAGUGUCAAGAAAAAAUGGCGGAUGUCGACUUGAACAUCGACAGCCUCAUACAAAGAUUAUUAGAAGUGUACAACACGCAGAAAGACCAGGUUCAGAAGAAAGCCAAGCUAAAAGAUAUUUUCUCGUCGGAUUUUGUCGUAAGAGGAUGCAGACCGGGGAAGACAGUGACGAUGUCGGAGGGAGAAGUACGUGGACUUUGCUUGAAGUCCCGUGAGAUUUUCCUUCAACAACCGAUACUACUGGAAUUGGAAGCACCUCUUAAAAUUUGCGGUGAUAUUCAUGGUCAAUACACGGAUUUGUUGCGACUCUUCGAGUACGGUGGCUUCCCACCCGAGGCCAACUACCUGUUCCUCGGUGAUUACGUUGAUCGUGGAAAGCAGUCGCUCGAGACCAUAUGUCUCUUGCUAGCCUAUAAAAUCAAAUAUCCAGAGAAUUUCUUCCUGCUGCGCGGGAAUCAUGAAUGUGCUAGCAUAAACAGGAUAUAUGGAUUUUAUGAUGAAUGCAAAAGGAGAUAUAACAUAAAGCUUUGGAAGACUUUUACCGAUUGCUUCAAUUGUCUACCAAUAGCUGCGAUUAUCGACGAGAAGAUUUUUUGUUGUCAUGGUGGCCUCAGCCCGGAUCUUCAGAGUAUGGAGCAAAUCAAAAGGAUCAUGAGACCCACCGACGUUCCUGAUACCGGUCUUCUUUGCGAUCUACUUUGGUCUGAUCCUGACAAAGAUGUUCAGGGUUGGGGUGAAAACGACAGAGGUGUGUCGUUCACCUUCGGUCCAGACGUCGUGUCCAAGUUUUUAAAUCGACACGACAUGGAUUUAAUAUGCAGAGCUCAUCAAGUCGUCGAAGAUGGUUACGAGUUCUUUGCUAAGAGACAAUUAGUCACCCUCUUUUCUGCUCCCAAUUAUUGUGGAGAGUUCGACAAUGCUGGUGGCAUGAUGAGCGUCGACGAAACCUUGAUGUGCAGUUUCCAGAUCUUGAAACCUUCAGAGAAGAAAGCAAAGUAUCAAUACGGUGGUAUGAAUACCGGUCAAGCAGGCAGACCAUCUACACCACAAAGAAAUCCUGCGAAAAAGAAAUGACAGCCUUCUGAUCCGAACGAACAAUUAGUAUUCUCUUUAUUGACAGUGCUGAAAGUUUCAGGAUAAUCACACAGGUGGCACUACCUGGUAAAUUCUUAACGGCUAUUAGCAUUUUUGAAAAAGACGUUGAAUAGAACGGACAAUUAAAAAGACAUAACCUAAUAAUAAGCCGAAUACAAUCUAAUCCAACAAAGAAGGUCAAGAGAUAAAAUAAAAGUGCGAAACGAUCUUCGAUAAUCCAGUGGCGAAAAGCUCGCGCCUACGAACAACGAGUUGUGACGCAAGAGUCCUGGAUUCGUUCGUCGUAGUCGUUAUAUUUAGUCUGCCCGGGCCCCAGUCCGUUUUUAGUUGAAAACAGGUGGAAGUAAGAAUCCGGGGAGGAGUAAGUAGCAUACUCGACGAGUCUUCGAUUGACUUUGACCGAUUUUCGCGAAUUCUCAUUGGCCAGUUUCGAUAAUAAAAAGAGACUUGAAUUUUUUUAUGCAAAUAAUACUGAAAAUCAUGAAGAUAUUCGAUCAAGUUGGAUUCAAAUUCAAAGUGGCCGCCUUGAAAAUAUCGGAAAAGAUAAGUAUAUGCAAAGUGUUCUAUUAGAUAGGAUUUAAGUAGAAAAGCAUUAAUCCGGAAAUAUUUGUACAGAUUCAUCAUCCUAUCUGGCGAUUUCUACUAAAAUAAAGAUGCGAUUUAAAUGAUUUCUAAAAAUAUACCCAAAGCAAAUCAUCUAGGGCAUAACUCCUAGAAAACUGAAAUAUCUUUUGAUCUGUGUCUUACUUUUUAGCAUUGAAGUAUCGAACGUACGAAACUAUUGCGUUCCUGUUUGAUGCGUCAUUGCGUCAUUUGCGGAAGGAACGUGAUACGUUCGAAAGAAUCGCAUAAUCUAAAGUUUUGGCAUCUCUCGUACAAAGUCGUAAGCACGUGCCUAAUCCGACGAUUGUCAGGCUGAAUCAACACACCUUACUUGUGCAUACUAGUUUACCAAAGUUCUUGGCCCAUAACGCUUGGCCAGGAAGACUCCGGCCAACUUGCAUAACAUUUGACAAAGCCUCGACGAUUAUGCGACGGUUAUGCGAAGUCGAGUUCAUCUGGGAUAACGAAAUAAUUAGAUUGAUCGGUAACGGAAUUAAAAAUGAUUUUACAUUUUGAUAGAAGAAACGUAGAGGGGACUAUAAAAGACGCCUUGGAUUUGGCGUCACUCGGUCCGCCUAAAUUCUAUUCUCGUCCGACGUUAUAAAUACGCAGUCUUGCAUUAUGUAAGAAGUUAAACAAAGCCUUGCCAAUUAUUAUAAACAAUCUGCUAGAAGAAGUAGAAGAAGAAAAAGUAUCAUAACUGUUACGGUUGUAUACGAUCUUUGUAAUAAGAUGCAAGCGUAUCUUUACGCGACGUAUAAAUGGACGUCGUUUCCGGUAUUGGACUAUUGGAAUUCGUAAACACUCGGAGAGUGAAACACGAUGCUUUCGACGUUUCGUUUAUCAUCGAAUGACGUCCAUAGACUAGCCACUAAUAGCCAGAGAUUUAUAUAUCGAAGAUACGACGGUUGCUUGUGACGUUAUAAUUUUGCCAUCUGCAUUUAGGAAAAGCAGCAAAAUGUUAGAUAUGCUUCUUCCUACUCUCGUAGGAGUCUAUUUUCGUUGACCCGUAUGCUUGUGGUACGUGAAAACUAGCGCGUUAGUCCUGUUAGAGCAAUAUCUCUGCUUCUUUCUAAAAUCGACGAUGCACUUUGACGAUGCGCCUUGAAGAAUUAUUCAAGAUUGCCAGGAAAAAAAAUGAUGACAGAAAGACACGACUCGUCUCACAAGCGCACAUAGAGACACAGCGACAUACUCUCAUUUAUUGCAAAAGAAUCAAUUUGAAUAAUUAAAAAAAAGGAAAAAAGAGGACGGAAGAAAGGUGAUCUUUUUCAUUUGGCACUUUUGAUCGGUCGACCUCUUCGUACGUUAUAAGUAUGUAUGUACCGGGUGUUCUAAAUGCGAGGCUAUUUUAACAGUGUCUUGUGUAUACCGGUCAGACCUGGCGAUACAGAUAUACAGAGAGACGCGUCGCAUUUAUUUUCAAUUCGGCCACGGCCAGAGAGAAAGAGAGAGGGAGAGAUGAGAGAGAACAGUACGGAUACGAUGACGAUCGGCACCCAUCAACGAGCCUUUGCCAUGACACACGUUUAGAGUAUGCACGACCGUGUCGUUUUAAUGCUCGCGAGAGGUCGAGACCUUUAAGCCCUCGUGAGAAUGAUCGAGACACAGGUGGUAAUGCUAGAGGAUUGCUAACAAUAAGAUCUUUUACUAGCUACGUGUCCACUCUUUUUAUUUGACUGGUAGCAAAGACAGGGAGAGAUUACUAUAUAUAUAUAAUGGCGUGAAUGGUUAUUGUAAAAAUAAAAUCUGAGUCAAAUAUUAGUUAUAUUUAAUAAACCAGACGUAUGUGGAUCCUACUAAUUCGACUAAAGUAUAUAGUAGCAUACAGUUGGUAUAAUUUGUUGAAAUGGUGAUCGUACUACUGUACUUUACGUACAUAAUAAUAUUCGAGAUGAAACGAUCGGACAAGUCUGCCUGCAACUCGUGUUCCUGAAAUUUGGCUGAGUGACCUGCACGAAUUAGACUGGGCCAUAAACGUAUUACAACAUUCUAUAUCUUCUUAGCACUUGACCCAAUUUCUGGAUUCACGUUUCUCAGGCUGAUUUCAAAUUUAGAAAUCCACCUUCCCUGUUGCAAUGUGAACCAUUGAAAGAAGGUGAAAAUCAAUAUAUGGAGCUCGAGUUUUACGUCGUAAAGUCCGUCGGUGAACGUUGAUCCCAGAGUAAAUUGAAACUUAUGAGUUUUCCAGCCCUCCGAAGUCUCCUUCGGGUUCCUCUUCUUAUACUUUCGUCCGCCAUUCUUCUUUGCCGUUAAGGAGAUCACGUCUCCUUGAUAUGGGAAUCACAAUACUGAUCCAUCUGUAUGUACAGUACAUUGUGCAUCCCAAUAGAUAUUG